AUCCCCCAUUACCCUUCACUCAAAUUUCACCAUUGUUAAACAUCUUCAACUUUUCUCAAUAUACACUAAAAAUGGCUCGUACUAAGCAAACAGCUCGCAAAUCCACUGGCGGUAAGGCACCAAGGAAGCAACUAGCAACUAAGGCAGCAAGAAAAUCUGCUCCGGCAACUGGAGGGGUGAAAAAGCCUCACCGUUUCCGACCAGGAACUGUGGCUUUAAGAGAAAUCAGGAAGUAUCAGAAGUCGACUGAGUUGUUGAUCAGGAAGUUGCCGUUUCAGAGGCUGGUGAGGGAGAUCGCUCAGGAUUUCAAGACGGAUCUGAGGUUUCAGAGCAGUGCUGUUGCUGCUCUACAGGAGGCUGCUGAAGCGUACCUUGUUGGAGUGUUUGAAGAUACUAAUCUCUGUGCUAUUCAUGCUAAGAGGGUUACUAUUAUGCCUAAGGAUAUUCAGCUUGCAAGGAGGAUUCGUGGAGAAAGGGCUUAGGAAGAAAAAAGUUGUUAGUGUUUUCAUCUGUUUUACUGUUUGUUAUUUGGAUCUGUUGUUGGAAUGGUAGGGUUAGCUGUGUAAAUCUAACAGAUGAUUUCAGUUCAAUUAAUGGAAUUUGUGCUUUGUUUUCUUCAAUCAAAGAUUUUGCAAUUUCGUUG